CUUUGCUGAAGACUGUAAAUAUAUGCCUCUCGCACAAGGAGCGGGGGUCUUUGCUGGGACUGGUGCGCCGUUUGGAAGUGGCGACCUUUUCGCUGUUUCCCUCUCUUGCUUGACGUUUCUGACGUAUCAGGGAGCUGGCGAGCGCCGCCGCCAUCUCCCCGGUAGAUUAACCUGAGUGUAGAUCACUUGAAUCGUCUCAAAAUCUUCUAUGAGCGAGAUGUCAAGAUAUUGCUGAGGGUGCUGAUUAUGGCUGGUCCAAUGCACGAGGUUGCAUACGUGCGCCAUGAUGACAAAUAUGUAGGAUCCCCGACAUUUAUGCAGAUUUUACGAGAGUUGCCGGAUCUGGAACAUGAUGGGGGUUCGCAGGAGCAAAAUUCUGGCAGACAAUCACCAACGGCCUUUUUUCGUUCCGACAUACAGCCCGUUGUGAUAAAGGAUGUGUUAUGGACAUCUGACACGCAGGACUUUGAUGCAAUUCUACCGUUCUGUACGAGCGCUUUUUCAAACUCACCGCAAAUCCAGGGAACAUUGACCCCCUCCAGACAUACUCAAGACCCCAACAACCAACUAGUAACGUUGGCCCAAGUACACUGCUCAGAAUCAAGCCCCCCCGAAAACUACUGUUGGGCCGGGAACUUGCUGCUUCACGAGCCGGCGCUCCAGGGGCAAGACUGCCCGGAGACAGACCCAGCAGAAUCUGGAACGCUCGAUGGAAAAAGUCACACACCCCCGGUUUCGGCGAUUCGUCACAACGAGCGCCAAAAAAGCCGAGACUCCGCACCGGUGAAAAACGGCACAGACGACCACAUAAAUCUAGAGCUGGGGGAUUCCGGCGCACCGCGCAUUCAGAAUGGAACACCCAAGAGACCUGUUUUUAACGACAUUUCGGAUGUUGAUGACCAGCUAUUCUGUGAUGCGGCCAACCUUGUAGACCCAGUCAAUUCUACGGCCUCAGUACCGGCAGCCGAACAAGAAAGGUUUUUCACAUUAUUUUCCAGGGCUUUGAAAUCGAGGAAUGUUUCGCUAUACAAACGACUGGGGGAUUUAAUUGAGAGACAGUACAGAGACGAUAUGUUAUUCUGGCAUAGAACAAUUCCACGCAUGUUAAACAGCAACUCCAUUAAAAAACGCAAAUACAGACGCUAAAAGCAUACAUGUAACAACAACCAUUACAGAAAAAAUAUAUAAAAAAAUAAAUAAAAAUAAAAUAAAAAAACGAACACUUAAUUAUCCAAAAAUGGCAGAACUAACACAACACGGGGAGACAGUUGAAAGCCUCUUAUCGCAGAUUCCAGACGAACUCCUAGAAGGUAUAAGACAUAUGAACGAUUCAGGAACGUUAGAUGAAAGUAUAUUAACACAGAUUCCCGCCAAACUCUUAGAAAUGAUUAAUCGUAUGAACCAGUCAGGGGGGGUUGAGGAAAACAUGUUAUCCCAGAUUCCCGAAGCCCUCAUAACCUUAAUUAAUCGUAUUAACGAAAGUCAGACAAUUUCACCCCCGACAACACCAACAACGAUAGAACAACCAGUAACACCCAGCUCCAUAGAGUCUGAAAUGCCACAAGAUGUUUUUGGGGAAUUGGACAAUUGUCUAAUAAAUCUGGCGGCAGAUGUUCAGGAUAGACGUGUCAGGGUUGUGUACAGGAAUAAAUUCAACAAUACAGAGAUUCGACAGUUUUUCAAUUUCCUAUGUGUGAAUCAGAAUCUUGACUAUGCUGUAUUUUACAUGCUGAUAAUGGACACUCUGAAUGACCUGUUAGAAACAGCAAGAGAUUAUGGCGAACCUCGCGAUGUCUUACAGUUGGAAAUAUGUGGAGAUAGCCUGCAUAAUUCAGUAUCUCUUAUUUUACCCAAUGGCGAAGCAGAUCUUGAACAAUUUACAGCGCUGGUAGAACGCCUUGUUCAGUCAAAUUUAGCCAUCAUAGCAGAUCGGACCCUAGAGCUUGAAGUACAAAUAAUACGUCAACCACAGGGGGGUGGUGGGCAGAGAAGGAAGCUAGAUAGUCUAAUGCAGUCAGAAAUCAUAAACAAUAAAAGGGCCUGCCUCAUAAACGUUCACAAUCCCGAUAAUAAGCUAUGUUUUGCAAUAGGCCUAGCGCAUUUACUUAACCCCGGAUGUACUGAUCUGACGGCAUUGCAAAAGGCUAGAGAGAUCCAAACGGCGGUGGGUCUCGGGAUCCAUGAAGGCGUGGCAUUCUCAGACAUUGUCAAAUUUGAAAACCUUCUGAAUAUCAAGAUUGUGAUUUUGUAUCACAGUAGAGCUAAUUCAGCUCUCUUGAAGUUCCAAAACAACCCCCAACCGCACCCCCAGAUUCUGUACUUUUAUGUGCAAAACGAACAUUACUAUGCCAUUACAAACGUCAUGGCGUUCAUAGGGGCAACCUAUGUGUGUAGAUCCUGCCAUACCGGUUACAACCGAAAGGGGGGGCACUCGUGCCGUUAUAACUGUUCUGUAUGUCAGGAUGCCGAGUGCCCUAUGCAGACCCUAAACUUGACACCAUGUGAGGAUUGCCAUCGCACAUGUCGUUCGACCUACUGUUACGAUAAGCACAAAAUUGAAACAUGGCACCCUAAGGCCUGUAAAUCUGUAAGCAUUUGUGCCAUUAACAAGAAAUGCCCAAAAUGUCAUUGCAAUUACAGCCUUAAAAUAGAUAGCCCUAAACCACAUGUUUGUGGAAUCCUAAAGUGUCCAAUCUGUAAAGGGGCUCUGAAAAGCAGAAAUGCUGAAGUGGUUCAAGAAGUGCCACACGAGUGUUAUAUUCAGCCCUUGGCUGAAGAUGAACCUUCAGAGAAAUAUGUGUUCUAUGAUUUUGAGACAAAUCAGCAAUCGGGGGAUCAUUUGCCUAUUUUUGUAUCUACCAUGACAUUCACGGGGGAAAAGUGGUCUGCAGAAGGAUCCAAUUGUGCACUACUCUUUCUAAAACAUUUUAGAAAACCACAGUACCGAAACUUUACGUUCAUAGCGUACAAUGCUAGAGCGUACGACUCUUACCUUCUUCUGAACCCCUUGAUACAGCAAGGCAUAGCGCCCAGGGUCCUUGCACAAGGGAGUAAAAUCCUGUGUUUUGUAGAUCCCGACUUCAACCAGAGAUACAUUGACAGUUUAAGCUUCUUACCCAUGAGAUUGGCUCAAAUGCCAGAGGCCUUGGGUUUUGAAAACUCUGUGAAAGGCUGGUUCCCCCACUUCUUCACAUCUGAGGAGAAUCUACACUAUAUAGGAUCAUAUCCCAGCCCAGAAAUGUAUGGGUGUGAUCAAAUGUCUCCCAAAGAGCGAGAGAAAUUCAUGACUUUGUAUGAGACAGUAAGACAUGGCACCUUUGAUUUCCAUAAAGAGAUUGAAUCAUACUGUGACAAUGAUGUGGUUAUACUUUGUGAAGGUUGCCUCAGAUUCAGAGAAGAGGUAAUCAAAGAUGCAGGUAUUGACCCUUGGAGUUGUACAACGAUUGCAUCGGCAUGCAUGAAAACAUACCGUACACACUAUUUGCAGACAUCCUCUAUAGCAAUCCCCUCACCUGACAACUACCGACGUCAGUUCAAGGCCUACUCUAGUGGGGCCAUUCAAUGGCUAGAGUAUAUGGCCCAGGAUAAAGACAUUUUUAUUCAACAUGCUUUGAAUCGAGGGGAGAAGGCGUUUGGCUCUUACCAUGUAGAUGGCUACACCAAGAUUGACGGGGUUGCGACCGUGUAUGAGUACAAUGGUUGUUUCUUCCAUGGUUGCAAAUCUUGCUUUGUACCCCCAGAACAUAUGUGUCCUAACCCAAAAGACUUUUGGGGAAAUGUACCAAGAGUUUCAAGACAAAGUUGAUUCGUUACAGGCUACUUACGGUCUAAAAGUGGUUGUUUUGUGGGAGCAUGAAUGGACAGCCCUCAAAAAGUCUGAUCCUCAUGUUCAAGCAUUCCUUUCCAGCUUUGACAUCCCAGAACCUCUGGAGCCAAGAGAGGCCUUGUAUGGCGGCCGUACCAAUGCUUUGACAUUGAGGUAUGUAGCGCAACCCGACGAGACAAUAGGCUAUGUGGAUUUUACAUCCCUUUAUCCGCAUGUAAUGAGUUCCUCAUGCGAUCCUAUAGGUCAUCCUGAAAUUAUUCAUCGUGAUUUUGACUUACCUCAAAACUAUUUUGGUCUGAUCAAAGCAACAGUCUACCCUCCAAGGGGUUUGUUUAUACCUGUGUUGCCUCACAGGGGGCCUCAAGGAAAACUUUUCUUUCCCCUUUGUCGCACCUGCAGUGAAAACAUACAACAAACCCCAUGUGAUCACACCGAUCAAGAAAGAGCACUGACAGGUGUAUGGGUCACAGCUGAAUUCUCUAAGGCUUUAGAGAUGGGGUAUCGUGUGGCCAAAAUCUUUGAAGUAUGGAACUUUCCAAAGAAAUCAGACACUCUUUUUAAAGAGUACAUCAAGACCUUCUUGAGAUGUAAGCAAAUGGCUUCAGGCUAUCCUGCAUCGGUCACAGAUCAAGAAAGUAAAGACAGGUACAUUCAAGACUAUCAUGACAGAGAAGGCAUCCUUCUUGACCCUGACAGAAUAGAGGUCAACAAAACCAAAAGAAAUGUGUCGAAAUUGUACCUAAAUUCGCUUUGGGGCAAAUUAGCGCAGAGGUGUAAUAUGUUGACAACGUCGAUUAUUAAAGACCCUCAAGAAAUUUUGGAAUUCAUUUUUUCGGACCAAUACGAAAUUUCACAUUUUUCAUUCUUGAGUCAAGACAUUGCCUUGGUGCAAUGGCGACGUAACAAGAAGUGGGUUCUACCCCCGGGUAAUAUAAAUGUGUUUCUUGCAGCAUUUACCACGGCCUAUGGCCGACUUGAACUGUACAAGCUCAUGGAGCAGCUUCAGAGGCGGGUACUUUACCAUGACACAGACUCUGUGGUCUAUGUAAGCAAACCAGGGGAUUGGAGCCCCCCACUCAGCAACUAUCUGGGUGGCUUAACAAGCGAACUCGCAGAGGGUGACCAUAUCACAGAAUGGUCAUCCUGUGGGCCCAAAAGCUAUGCUUUUAGAACGCUAAAGAAUCACGUGGUAUUGAAAGCCAAAGGAGUGACUCAAAACUAUGAAAAUGCCCAGCGUGUAAACUUGGAAUCAAUCACACGUUUGGUCGAGGGGUUCCUAAAUGACAGGAAUAGUGACUUGGAGAUUUUGAGCUCCUACAAAAAGAUUGUUAGGAAUAAAAAGGGCUUCCAUCUGAGGAAUGCCCCACUCAUUAAAAGAUUCAGGGUUGUCUAUGACAAGAGACUGCAUUUGCCUGAUGGGACUACAUUGCCCUAUGGCUACUGACUUAUGCUACAGGCUAUGCUACAGGCCUAUGUCAGGCGUGACUCAAAAACUAUGAAAAAAAUACCCCUCGUGUAAAAACUAGGAAUCAAUCACACGUUUGUUUUGAGGGGGGUGGUUCCUAAAUGACAGGAAUAGUGACUUUGAGAUUUAGGAGCUCCUACAAAAAGAUUGUUGUGUAUAAUAAAGGGCUUCCAUCUGAGGAAGGCCCCACUUACUAAAAGAUUCAGGGUUGUCUAUGACAAGAGACUGUUUUUGCCUGACUGGACCACAUUACCCCUUUGGGUGUUGACUUAUGCUACAAGCUACAGGGGUCUUAAAGCUUAAGAUAUAAUGACUGCUUUAGAAGGUUUUGACCCCCGGUUGCAACUACCAUUUUCGGCCUUAAUCGCAGGGCCUUCGAAUAGUGGUAAAACUUGUUUUGUAAAAAGUAUUUUAGAGAAUUCUGAACAUGUGUUAUCUCAAAAGCCUGAUAAUGUUGUGUGGUGUUAUUCAUGUUAUC